AUGUUGUUUUGUGUAAAUGUUGUAGAUGAGGAAGAAGAGCUUCAGAGAGAGUAUGUUGAUCAUUUGCAGUAUCAAAGGAAAGCCAACUCGAUAAUGUCACUUGCAAGUCGUAUUGCUGCAGCUACAGGAAGAAAGUCUAAUGCACCAGAUUUAGAAGGAUUGUUAGGGAAUCCUCAGGUCAGCCAGAGAUUGAGAGCCUAUAUCGAUAAAAUGGAAGAAAGAAAGAGAAAAUAUGAAGUGAAACGUAGAUUAGAAAGGGCUAGAAAGAAUUCGAAUAGGACAACUAGGGGCGCAGAAUAA